UUCCUCUGGUCGAGGGCGCGGUGUCGUUUGCAGCUGCCCUGCUGCAACCUGCGUGACCUCGUCGCCCACCCAUCUGGUCACCUGGUCUGAAUGAUGUCGCGGUCAAGAGAGGAGAGGAUCUCGAGGAGGAAUGAGGAGGCCCUGAACGACGAGAAGAAGCCAUCACAUUCAAACUGAGAAGGCUGCAGUGCUGCCACUGCUACCAUCGACUGCGCUGGCAAACUGAUGCGUGUCCCUACAGGACACCUGGGUAAAAAGACGGGGGCAAGCAGCGGGCACAAGACGAAUAGAAAUAUCAGCAGAGCUGGGAUUGCACUGUAUUCGCUAACUGGAAGAAUUCGACAUGCAAAAUGGAGCGCCAUGGGCGAGCGAAGACACAUGCAACAUGCAAAAAAAAAACUCUGGCGUGACCAGACGUCGACUGUCGGCAACACUACCCCAACUGUCGGACGUAGAUGUGCCCGCAAACGACCGGUGGCCCCACGUGCCCGCGCGUGGGCCGGGACGCUGUCCGAUUUCGCAAGCAAGCUGACAGCCGGGCUCUCGACGGCACGGUCGGGCACGCCCAGGCCACGGACGCUCAGCGGCGGGGCCCGGAGGGCGCGACGCCCCUCGCCGGCAGCUCCGGGGCACGAGGGCGCGGAGGGGAGGCCGAGAGGAGGUCCGAGCACGGCGCCUGCCGGUGGCGCGCCGUGUGCCGGCGCAUGCAGAGGAUUAGAAGUGCCGGCCUCGCGCAGAGGCGCGGCCCUGGGCGCGGAGAGGCGGCAGGCGCGCCCAAGGGAGCAGGGGAGAGCAGGAGCCGCCCUUGGCCUCCCGGCGAUCCGCCGGCCCCCGCCCGCGCGCGAGGCACCUUCCCGGGGGGUCGAGCUCUGCGUGGCUCCGAGCUGGGAUGCCCUCCAUGACGAACGGACAGCACACACUCAUACCCAUAGGGGGGUCGUUGGGAGGAGGAAAGGCUAUGGGUAUGGGUGUGGGUUGUCGGACCCUGGGGAACGCUCCCGUUCGAGCGGGGACCCCCAUCCG